AUGACAGACGCACACGACGGCCAAAGUACCCUGGACAUGAAUGAAAUUCGUCAGCGAAUGCUCGCUCUCCAGAAAUCGGCUUCGAACUUGGCUCAACUGGACCUGGGUGACCUGGCAUCUCUCCUGCCGCCCGGCACCUCUAGAGAACGCCUGAUCGAGAUCAAAACGAAACUCGUCCAAUUGCACAAUCUUCAGAACAGACGCAACAACAUGUCCGACAAUGCUGACGACAAUCUGAAUACUACGGCCGACGGCGUUAGCAAUCGAAGUUCUCGCUACAAAACCGAGCUGUGCCGACCUUUCGAAGAGAACGGAAUGUGCAAGUACGGAGCUCGAUGUCAGUUUGCGCACGGAGCCGCCGAACUGAGAACCUUGGCCCGCCAUCCGAAGUACAAGAGCCAACUCUGUCGAACUUUCCACUCGAACGGACUCUGUCCGUACGGCCACCGAUGCCAUUUUAUCCACAACCAGGAUGAGAUCCGCCCUGUUGUUCCGCUGUCUCCGACGAUGCAUACGAACCAGAGUUUCAAUGAUGCCAGCAACAUCCGUGGAAACGAGUCUCAUUACCCCGAAUACCCUUACAACGACUGGGGACGUCAGGCAACGUUCCCUCAUCUUUCCAACGAAACCUUCCAAAAAGCUUUCUCGAACCCCUCGAUAAAGUCUUCGAUGCCCAGAUUCGGACCUGUUAACGCGAAUGACCUCUCGAUGAUCCCGAACGCGAAUUCUUCACUGAGAAAUUUAAAUACGCUGUCGACAGGAUUGAGCCUCGGAUCGGCCGGGGAACUGUCGCCGCCGGUCAGUCCGAUAGUUUUCGGGGCUGAUGACCCGUUCACUUCUCAGACAUCAUUUCGCCCCGGAUAUGUCAACGCGAAUCUCCUGAGCGAAAUACCGGAGUUGAAUUUCAACCAAAUGAUGGCUCUCUCGAAACUAAGUGCUCCAGCGACUGCGUUCGCAAGCCCGACUCCGGCUCAUUCCAACUCCUUCUCAAGCUUGACGCCCUCUCCCGAACACUCUAAAACGAGCUCCUCGCAAAAUCUCCUCUCCCCCUUCUGGUGGAAGACAGAUUAGACGGGCUUCCUUUCAAUUUCAACGUACAAUUGUGAGAGAAAUAGUAUUGCUAGAGUCAAUAGGACGUAGAAUAGUCAGAAUAGUGCACGAGAUCCAACGAUGCUCGGAGCUGUGUGAAAACGUAGCGCGAGCAUCCCUGGUAUUGUCGGCAAGUUCCUGAAAUGAUCUCUUUUGGUGUCUCUAUGUAGUAUUUUCGUAAGUGAUGACAAUGUUGGUAAUAUUGAUAUGUCGGUUAUAUCUCAUAUCCCUGGUAUGGAUAUGUUGUGAGUAGGUUGUUGAUAUUCGAUGGUCAUGACCGCGAUAGCGAUUGACAGACACCGACGUUUUAAUCCACUAGUUGACAGGACACCGUGGAGAAAGCGGAUCCAUUGUUAUAAUAUUUGCCAUCGCCCGCCAUCCGGGGUCGUUGACUCAUAAUAUAUUCCGCUAAGGGGUACUUUGCUCUCGUCAUGCCGCCCUCUAAGCUAUCGCCUCCAUCUACUCGCCCGAUCGUUUCCGCUCAGAGCAGAACUCACUCCAGAAUCUCAUGCAACAAUGCGGAAAGGGUCGCAGUGUGGCACUCGCUCGAAACGCAAUAACUUCCGUAAAUUAUUAAUUUAUUCAAGACUAUAAUUAUCGGAAUCGAAAGCUCUCGCGGGAUUGCUGUCGGAAAUUCUCGUUUGAGUGUCAUGUCAUGAGAGCGAGGUGUAGUG